AGUCGGCAGCAGGAGAUGAGAUCAAUCUUCAUCAUGAAUGACACGGUAACUAUCCGGACCAGGAAGUUCAUGACCAACAGACUACUUCAGCGGAAGCAAAUGGUCACUGAUGUCCUUCACCCUGGAAAGGCAACAGUACCCAAGACAGAAAUUCGGGAAAAACUAGCCAAAAUGUAUAAGACCACACCUGAUGUCAUCUUUGUGUUGGGAUGCAGAACCCACUUGGGUGGUGGCAAGACCACUGGCUUUGGCAUGAUUUAUGAUUCCUUGGAUUACGCAAAGAAAAACGAACCCAAAUACAGACUUGCAAGACAUGGCCUAUAUGAGAAGAAGAAGACCUCAAGAAAACAGAGAAAGGAACGCAAGAACAGAAUGAAGAAAGCCAGGGGGACUGCAAAGGCCAAUGCUGGCGCUGGCAAAAGGAAGGAGUAAAGAUUCUUCGGUGACUUUAUCUGUGAUGGUUGUGCAGAUUUUUCAUGAGAGGAUUAAUAAACUAUAAACUUUU